UUUCCGGGGGAAUCGUUGGUUUGUGCGCAACCGCGGUGCGCCGCGUUAUUAGUGCCGUGUCGAGGGGUUUGGAGGAGUUUUGUUUACAAAAUGGAAGAAUUUAAAAGCUGUAACCUGGACUACUUCCCCGAAAACAUCCUGAUAGACGUGCUGUCGUUCCUGAGCGUGAGGGAACUCGUCCGAGCUGGACGAGUAUGUAAGAGAUGGAAACGCCUCGUUAAAGACCAGCGACUGUGGAGGUUUGUCGACCUGACUGCCUGGAAAGGAGUGACGUCCCGUAUUCUUUGGGUCCUGCUGCGUCAGUAUCUUGGUUGUGGACUAAGGUGCCUACGGUUGCGUGGUUUGCUGCUCUCGGCCCGAGGCGGCACCUUUCUCUCUGAGUCUUGGCUCAAAGCUUUGUCCACAAAGUGCCCUCGGCUGAGUAAACUCUACCUUCUGCACGCAGACCUGAGAAGCCUGUCCAGCUGCCAGGUCCUACCUCCAUCUUUAAAGGUGCUGGAGCUGCGUGGUUGUGAGCUGCCUCGCAGCUUUUUCAACCAGGCACUGCCUUCUUCACCUGCCCAAGAAAGAGCAGAAGCCACAUCCAGUGUUGGUGCUCAACGGCAGGGACAGGAUAAGAAAGGAAAAAAGCUUGGCUCUCCAUCAGGGAUUCCUAUUGAGACCUUAGUCCUUAACAAUGUGCCCUCUUUCACGGACCAGCACCUGCAGAGUCUGAUAUCAUGGGAGAGGCUCCAUCGACUGGAGCUGCGUGACACGUUUCGCGUGACUGCCAAUGGGCUCAGGAGCUGUGCUGCCAAGGACGGCGUCUGUGGUGUCGAAGGGCUCUCCAGGCUCAAGUUUCUGGAAAUAGGCAUCACUGGGCGGCAGGGCUACCAGUUACAGAUGGCCUCCCUGGGUUUAGGGGCAGGAUGGCUCGGACUGGAGGAACUGAGCCUGGGUGGUAAAGAGGUGGGGCCGGGCCUGCUCUGUGCCAGCCGUCUGAAGGACCUGAAGCGCCUGUGCCUGUGGGCAUGCACCCUCAGCGAGAUGCAGAUAGUCCGGAGCUGCCGGAUGCUCCGGGGACUUCGCCAGCUGGAGUUUUUGGACGUGACCUUCCAGCCCCGGCAGGGUCCACCAGUGGUGGAAGGGGAGGGUGGUGGUGAGGAAGAGCAGGAAGGUGAGGAAGCUGCAGGUGAAGAAAGCAGCAAUGAUGACAACAAGGCACAGGAUGUGAAUGAUCCUAUUCCAAGUCUGCGUCGCUCACUGGCCGUCCUGCUGCCAUCCUGCGCACUAGUUUUCACCAACUGCUCCAUUCAGAUUAAUGCAGAUUAAUGACAUCUUCACUGCUGCUGAGUAAAUACAAGUGGCCCAAAACAAUGAAAUGUCAUUCACACAGGCAUAUGCCAUUUUAAAUAGCAUCAUUGAUGUAAUGAUCAAUUUAAGUUUUUAUUAUUGCCCACAUCAGCUUACAAGAUAUGACUAUUUCAUAUGAACCAGCUCGCUGGUGCAGCCUCUAUGUUUUCAGACCUUUUGAGUCAACAAGUUUAAAAAUGACUAACAAAGCAAGUACUCUGUGAAACUGAAGAAAUCAAAGUUAGCUGUAAUUAAAUAGUCUUGAUGUCUUUUGAAUCUGUUAACUUCAUUAGUCAGAGGAAUACCAAGUCUCAACUUUGCAAAUCUGUGGUUUCUAGAUACGUGAAAUAGAACAUAAGAUGCACAGCCAUCCACAAUAUAAACAUAAACUCAGACAACCACUUGCCUCUUAUUGUGACGGUCCCCUUUGUGGAGCCAAAACAGCUUUGAUCCAUCGAUGCAAGGCUUCCACCAGGGCUUUUUCUUUCAUAGCGCUUUACAGCACAAGUUACAUUCACCCAUUCACAUUGGCACAGCACUUCUGUACACAAUGUUGUUUUAAAUCAAACCUCAUUCAUACACCUUCAGCACAGCCAUCAGAGGCAAUUUGGGGCUCAGUAUCUUGCUCAAGGACACUUCCUCAUGCAGACUGGAGGUGCUGGAGAUUGAACUACCGACCUCCUGAUCCACAGCCGCCCAUCGGCAGCAUCAGAUAGUUUCAUUUUCAUGGAUUUUUCUUUUCAUGACGUCCCACAGUUGCUUGAUUGGAUAGAAAUCCAGGGAUUUUGGAGACCAAGUCAACACCUUGAACUUUGUGAUGAUUGUUGUGUGCCAGGGCACAUUCCCCUGGUGAGGGAGACCACUGCCACCAGGGAAUGCUGCCUGCAACAAUGUUUAGGUAAGUGGUACAUGUCAAACUAAAGUCUACCUGAAUACCAGGACCUAAGUUUUCCCAGCAGAACAUCACCCAGAGCUUUGCACUGUUCUAGCUGGCUUGCUUUUCUUCUCAUAGUCCCUCCUGGUGCUAUUUCUUCUGCAGGUAAAUUAUUCACACACAUCAGGCCGUCAAAAUGAUGAAAAAGAAAACAUUAAUCAACUUCAAGAACUGAGUGUUCACUCGCUGCCUAAUACAUCCCACUUCUUGACGGCUGUCACUGUAACUAGAUAUUCAGCUGUCAGGUUUUAAUGCUUUGGCUGUUUGCUGUAUGUCCUCUUUAUGGAGCUAUAUUUAACGAUGAAAUAUGAAAAUAUUUCUUUGGAUAAUAUAACUACAUGACAAUGUUGGCUAUACGAGACAAAUUGUGGGACUUGAAUACUUUGAAAAUCAGUUUGCCGCAAAGCAGCCUUGCUAAAUUUGGAACUGUUAGGAAAUGGUGUGGUGACAUUGGUAAUGUUAACAAAACAUUGUCUCAUGGUUUAUAUUGUCUGAUCUUUACCCACCAUCUUCAAGGUAAAUCCUUGGACAGUCAGUUCCAAACAGAUUGAAACAAGUCCAGGAUUUGUGAACCAAAGUAUUUUGAAUACUCAGUUCCAAUAUUACACAACAUUUGUAAGUAUUACUGUUAGCCUGUAGAGACAUGAGCAGCUGCAAGCGACAAUGAGAGAGAGUUGAAACAAACUAAAGGAUAUCAUGCACCUGUUUCCUGUUCUUUGAAACCCUUUCAACUGAUCAGAAAAAAGUGUCUGUCACAAGCAGGUGUUUGGUUUUGGUGUUUGUCGGUUUUGUGUUUGUUGAAGAGCAGCAUACCAUUUUUAAAGUCCUCUUUGUAAAGUCUUGUUUCCAUUUUAUUUUAUUUUACUCCUUUAGAAAUUAUAAAAUGAAAAAAAAUGUAAAGGGAAAACAUAGAUAAGUGUUUUUGACAUGAUUUUUCAUGUAAAUAACAUAAAGAAGUUUGAAAUCUUAAAUGAGAAACUGGUUUUGAAUAAAUCUAUUUUGAGCAAAUAAA